CCUUCAAACUUGUUGCAGCCGGCGUUUUCAGAUUCAGACGCUUUUCGUGAUUUCUUUUACUACUGUUGUAACAGCCACUUGCUUCUGCUAACUAUCGGCGGCUGUGUACCGUACACAACUUGGAUAAUUAAGAGUUUUUUAUUCCUUUAACAAAAGAAGCUUCCAAAAAUCUUUGAGUAUGUCCAGUCCAAGCAAAGCCGAUCUGCCUAAGGUGCCUGCUCCUUUGAAAAAUGAACUGGCCCAAUUCGAUUCAUCUAAAAUGAAACACGCAGAAACACAAGAGAAGAACCAGCUGCCCUCAAAAGAUGAUGUGCAACAAGAAAAAGUUCACAACAGUAUUAUAACUGGAGUUGAAGGGUUCGAACGCUCAAAAUUAAAUCCUACUGAAACACAAGAAAAAGUAAUUUUGCCCAAUGCUGAUGAUGUUGUUCAAGAAAAAAUUCAUCAAAAUUUUGUGAGUGGUGUUGAGACAUUCGACAAAACUGCGUUGCAUCACACAGAAACAAAAGAGAAAGCAGUCUUGCCCAACAACGAAAUUAUUGAGCAAGAAAAAGGUCAUCAGAAAUUCGUUCAAGGAAUUGAAAAUUUUGACACUUCGAACCUAAAGCAUGCUGAAACUAUGGAAAAGAAUCCAUUACCCACAAAAGAAGCAAUCGCUAUGGAAAAGAGUGCAGCCUGAUGGUCCAAGCAUUUGACUUGAGAAUUUGUAGUUUUGAUAACUGAUGUACUUCUACAUUGUAAUUUUGUAAUAAGACUCAUGACUGAAACUUAAAAUGAGAAGAGAUGUAGCUAAAUAUUUUUGAUACCAGAAUAUUUUUUUAAAUCAUUGGAAAUAAAUUUCGUAAAUACUGCACAACAAAACAUUGUCCUCCAUGACUAUAAAAUAUUCAUUUUUAAAAGUGAAAAUGUGAAUCUUUUAUGUUUUUGAAUGUUAUUUUUAUUAUAUUUCCUAGUCUGAAUUUUUCUGUCGUGCAAAGUUAAAUCAUGUUUUUUUCCUAAAUGUGGUAUGGAUUUUUGCAUUUUAUACUUAGAAAUUUUUGUAAAAAAAAUAUUUUGACUAAAUGUUUCAAUUUUUUAUGACUUGUAUUUGUUUUGUUCCAAUAAAGUCUUGAUAUUUCUGUCUAA